AUGCCCCUGCGUCAGAGGAGGGCCCCGGCAGGGGCCCAGGCCUCGCUCCCAGAUGCGCUCCGCGUGAAGGUGGCCAGCCUGGUGCUGCUUCUGCUCCUCAAGUAUCGCACCAAGCAGCCGACCACACGGGCGGAGAUGCUGGCGGCGGUUAGCCAAGAUGACCAGGACCGCUUCCCCGUGAUCUUCCGCCGAGCCUGCGAGUAUCUGCAGCUGGUCUUUGGAGUCGACGUGAAGGAAGUGGACCCCCGCGAGGGCUCCUACGUCCUGGUCAGCAUCCUGGGCCUCAGCUGCGAUGGGACGCCGAGUGGUAGGAACGGCAUGCCCAAGACCAGCCUCCUGGUGCUGGUCCUGUGGGUGAUCCUCCUGGAGGAGGACCGUGCCCCUGAGGAGGCGGUGUGGGAAGCGCUGGGGGUCAUGGGGGUGUAUGCCGGCAGGGAGCACGUAUUCUAUGGGGAGCCCAGGGAGCUGCUGACCGACGUCUGGGUGCAGGAAGGGUACCUGGAGUACCGGCAGGUGCCCGGCAGCGAGCCCGCACGCUACGAGUUCCUGUGGGGUCCCAGGGCCCACGCAGAAACCAGUGGCGUGCAAGUGCUGCAGCACUUCCUCGCGGUCAACAGCAGGCAGCCCGGGUCUCCGUGUCUGUCCGAAGAGGCUGUGAGCCAUGAGGAAGAGCGGGCCUGAGCCCGAGGGGCAGCCGGGCCCGUUCCCACCUGGGGUCGAGCAGCUUCUCCUGCGGGGCACGAAGCCAGGCCACUUCUCCCCUGCGAGUGCGAGCAGAGCGGGCGCUGGGCGUUGUGAGUAGUGGAGGGCCAGGGCGGCUUGGGGGAAAGCGGGGCCAAGCGCGCGUUUGGGUGGGUUCUUGUUCUCUGUCUACGUGGCCUCGGAAAUCGAUCUUUGUUUCCUCGAGGAAGUUUUCCGAUGUUGUUCCUUGUCAUAGAAGGUUUCGUGAGCUUCGGGCUCAGUGUGGGAGUGGCACCCACGCCACAGGUGUUCAAGAGUCAGAGUUGUGCCGUUUGGUGCAACGAGCUGGGAACCCUUCCGUCCUCGUUCGGGAUCCAGAAGGGAAACGCCGUGCCUGGGCUGGGCACAGACAGGGAUGUCUUGCAAACGUGAAGACCUUGGCAGUAAGCGGAUGGUUUCAGGGCAUGGAGCAAUAAAAGAUGUUCGUUCUUG